UCUCCUCUGUAGGAAUUUUUACCCAUCAUCCAUGAAAAGGGAUUCAAGAGUGAUUCGGUCUGUUCGUGGCAGAGAAACCUUCCAAUAAAAACCUAUUUUAAAACUAAUUCAGAGCAAGAAAAAGCAGAAUAUCAAAAGAUGUUUUACAAAUCGUCCCGCCUAAAAGAAUUAUUUUAGGUUUUAGAACUCUGAAGGCUUUUCCUGUCAGGCUUCCGGUCCUUCUGGUUCUGAGCUUCAUUGUCUUCACCUGUGGCAGAACGUUGUCAGUCGUCUGCAGUGAAACCCGCCUUUGUUCUUUGUUCUACACUAUAUCCCCAAAGGUUUUGGCUCACCUGCCUCGACUCACCUAUGAACGGAGGUGCCAUCCCAUUCCUAACCCAUAAACUUCAGUAUGAUGUAGUUCUGCUGCAGUUUUGGACCGUUCUUCCAGAAGGUCAUGGUGAGGUCACACUCUGAUGUUGGUGGAGAAGGCCCGGCUCUCAGUCUCUGCUCUAAUUCAUCCCAGAGGGGUUCUAAGGGGUUCAGGUGUGCAGGCCAGUCACCUUCACCCUUUAAUUCAUAACUUGGCGUUAAAGAACAACAAAAGAAAAAAAUCCACAAACGAAGAGGAAUAAAAUAAAUAAAAGACCUGUAAGAUGCCGUUAACGCGCUAAAAAUAAUUCCUUUCCUGAAAAAACUUCUCAUUUUAGAGAAGGAAAACACAUUUCUACAAGCUACACACGGCUGGUGUUUAUGUAAAGGUCAAAUAAAGUUCCACCAUCAUGUUUUUCUAAUUAAAUAGCAAUCAAAGUCUGAUUUAUGAAGUUUUAUUAAUGUGUGAUUGCACUGAUAUUUACUUUUGUUGUGUGAUCAACACAAUUGUUAGAAAAUUGUUUUUUUUUUUAAAUCUCAAACAAUAAAAAUAAUUGUAUGAUAAAUUUUGAAUCAACCGCUUUAUUCGUGUUUAUACCAGGGUCCAGCCGAAUACUCGAUUCUGAUUGGCUGCAGACUGUCCUUAAGUGAAAACGGACACCUAAAAAGUAGUUCCAGUCACAUAUCAUUGCGCCGACCUAAACACCAACCGCUAACCGGAAAGUCAGAAAACCUGGAACAUAGGUAGACAUAAGAUUCUCUGCAGGUUACCAUAACAGAAAAGAGGAGUUAUUUCAUUGUUUCCUUUAACAUGUUUGGUGAGUUUGAUCAUUUUGAAGACUGGGAUGCAGCGGAGGAGAAAGAGAGAAAAGGAUCUAGGAGGAGCAGAAGAGACACGAGGAGGAGACGCUGCCGGCGGAGGAUUUGAUGAACCAUUUCGACUUUGAAACCAUUUUGGCUACAUCCUCUGGACAAAAGCUACAGGGCACACUCAGCAAACUGAGAUGUCCAGCCUCGAGAUCAGGAGAAGUCAAUCAUGACCCUCACUCCGGACCAGCAGGUGGCGGUAUUGCGCUGUGUGCCAUCCGCCAUUAACCUACACCGGAAGCAGACUUUCGUCUGUUUCCUGUUGGCGGUCAGCACAAAAACAGCUCGAUAACCACAUGCUCAAAAAUCUUUCCUCUCCAAAGGUCCUCCGUCCCACACCCGGUUGGGCUUGUAUUGUGAGGAAGAGGAGGAUGCGGAGUGGGUCUGGAUGGAGGAUGUGGUUCUGCACUUUCCGCCUCAAUCAGCAGAUGGGCUCGGCUCCCUGUUGGAGUGGACGGAGAAGCUCCUGGAGCCGUUCCCCUGUCGGCGCCCUCCGCUCUUCCAGCCGUGGUUCGCAGACGGCCGGCUGCCCAUCAGACCUGCGAGGCCGGCUCCUGUCAUCCCGGCAUCAGAGAAGCUCUUCCCAUCGACGCAGCCUGGUGCUGAAACCACCUCGGAGAACGGCCAUGCUGACGGGACAAGCGCCGAAGAUCCACGGAGUCCACGAUCGCAGUGGAGCAAGGACGUCUCUGAGACGCCAAAUCCACCUGGAAACAAAGAUGUGGCGCCCAUCAGGCAGUCGUGGAUCAUUUUCCCGCUGAGAGAACCGUUCCCUCACUCAUGUCUGCUCUCCAAACACUUUGAUUCCACGAUCAACGUCCACAGACUUCACCUCCGGCAGAGGGCCAAGUGGGUGAUCACCAAGCACAACUGUGGCAGCGUGGAGAAGGUGUGGCGGUUUCUGAACCGACCCGUCCGGCGCUCCAGGCUGCCCACCUGCAACGCCAACCUCCAGAGGGAGCGGGCGGAGGUCUGGGUGUUCUGUGAUGUUCUGUUCGCGGAGCAGGUGGGGCGCCUCUUAAAGGAGGAGCUGCGGCUGUCGGGGAGCAUCUUCCUCUCCGUCCACAGACUGGGACGCGUCUUCAGCAUGUAGAGGGCGCCUCGCCGCCCAGGCUCCAUGGCGUCCUUCUCCUGCUGUUUUCUACUGAAGAAAGGACGGCUGAGAACUGCCGAGCCAAAGAGAAAAGCACACGGCGACGACCCCCAACCGGGUUUCAUGGCUGAAUGACGGCUGUGGACCCCAUGGAUGAAAGGACGACUGACAAAGGAAUGACACCACUGUUGGCAAAAGGUUUUUCCCAAAGCCAAGAACAUCAGUUCACUAGUCUAAUCAAAAGGUUCUGCCCUUUGACCUCUGAGAGGUUCUUGGUCCAAAUGUGACUUUUACAAGGAAGUCUUACAGAGAUGUUCUUCGGUUGUCCUUACCUAAAGUCUGUCCCUACACUUUUCCUUUGUGUGCUAUCCUAUGGGGUCCAGAUGACCCGAUCCUUACAUUUACGUGUUCUGACAAAGGUGGAGAGGAUUUCAUGUAAUCCAUGGACACCAGUGAAGAUCA